UGGAGAGAGACAGAUGGAGAAAGUGAAAGAAUCCUGAGGAGAGAAAACGCAAGAAGAUUAAAACCAAGAGAGGAGCGUAAAGCAGUGAUAGAGGGAGAGGAAGAGAAAGAAAGAGAGAAAGAAAGAGAGAGGAGGAGUGGAUGGUAGAGAGCCGGAGACACAGCGCGCCGGAGGGAGAAAGAUGGCCUCGGUCACGGCGGAGAAUGGCUUCAGCACCGCGGACAGCUCCGGUAGAAUGAACGGACUCAACAGCGCGAUCCCGAUGAAAGAUCACGACGCCAUCAAGCUCUUCAUCGGUCAGAUCCCGCGCAACCUGGACGAGAAAGACCUCAAGCCUCUGUUCGAGGAGUUCGGAAAGAUCUACGAGCUCACGGUGCUCAAGGACCGGUUCACCGGGAUGCAUAAAGGAUGUGCCUUUCUAACGUACUGUGCCAGAGAGUCAGCGCUGAAGGCCCAGAGCGCUCUCCACGAACAAAAGACUCUUCCCGGGAUGAACCGGCCCAUCCAGGUGAAACCGGCCGACAGUGAAGGACGAGGAGAAGACCGGAAGCUGUUUGUGGGCAUGCUGGGGAAGCAGCAGGGUGAAGAAGAUGUGCGGCGUCUGUUCGGUUCGUUCGGACAGAUAGAGGAGUGCACCGUGCUGCGGGGGCCUGAUGGGGCCAGUAAGGGCUGUGCUUUUGUGAAGUUCUCCAGUCAUGCAGAAGCCCAGGCAGCGAUUAACAGUCUCCACGGCAGACAGACCAUGCUGGGCGCGUCGUCCAGUCUGGUGGUGAAGUUUGCAGACACCGAUAAGGAACGGACACUGCGCCGGAUGCAUCAGAUGGCCGGUCAGCUCGGCAUCUUCAGUCCCAUGACCAUCCAGUUUGGAGCGUAUGGAGCUUACACACACGCUCAGAUCCUGCAGCAGCAGCAGGUGGCGCUCAUGGCAGCGACGCAGGGCUCGUAUCUUAACCCCAUGGCUGCCAUCACCGCCGCUCAGAUGCAGCAGAUAGCAGCGUUCAACCUCAACGGCCUGGUGGCUGCCCCCAUGACACCAUCUUCAGGCACCAGCACUCCACCCGGCAUCGCAGCUCAGAUUGGGGUGAACGGCUUCAGCGCUCUCCCUCACCAAACCAACGGACAGCCCACUUCUGAACACAUCUACACCAAUGGCAUCCACCCGUACCCAGCACAGAGUCCGACAGUGGCUGAUCCUCUCCAGCAGGCGUAUGCCGGUGUGCAGCACUAUGCAGCAGCCUAUCCUGCCGCUUAUGCGCCAAUCAGCCAAGCGUUUCCCCAGCAACCAGCCAUCAUCCCCCAGCAACAGCGGGAAGGACCCGAGGGGUGUAACCUGUUUAUUUACCACCUGCCACAAGAGUUCGGCGAUGCGGAGCUCAUGCAGAUGUUUCUGCCCUUCGGCAACGUCAUUUCCGCCAAAGUCUUCGUGGACCGGGCCACCAAUCAGAGCAAGUGUUUCGGAUUCGUCAGCUUUGAUAAUCCGUCCAGCGCUCAGGCAGCCAUUCAGGCCAUGAACGGCUUUCAGAUCGGCAUGAAGAGGCUCAAAGUUCAGCUGAAGCGGCCGAAGGACGCCAACCGGCCGUACUGACCCUGAUCGAGUGCUUCACACACAGGAUGAAGGACUACGACCCCCUUAUUUCCACAAGUGCAGUAUCGGAAGACUUCUGCUCUGCUACAUAUCACAGGAGGCGAGCGGUCCCUGGGUUUUGCUGGAAAAUCACGGAGAGCUGGGAAAACUGGAGGAUUCUUUCUGCCAACUUUCUUCUUUUUUCGCUUUGGCAUUUGCAGGAUGCUUUUUUUGCAUUUUGCAGAGACCGACUUUUUUGCUGCUGUUUUUUUUUUUUUUUUAGAUGAGAUGGAGAUAAAAAAAAACAACCUUUAUGAACACAUUAUGCUCAAAGCAUGCAUAAACACACACACACACACACAGAAUAUCCUCGCCUUUACAUGCACACAAAACUCUGUUGAAACCCUCAUGUAAAUCUAUUGAUCUCCACACACACACACACACACACACACACCAGCCUGCUGCCAUUUUCGGUUUUCGUGCCUACACUGGUUUCUUGUGAACUUCGCUCUGGACGAGAAUCCAGGAAUAUCUACAUGCAUCAUUCCUUAGAAAAUAGGGACCAAAGGACUACAUGCUUUUUAAAAAAUAUAAAUAUAUAUAUAUUUAAAAAUAUCAAAAACUCUUACCUUGUAGCUGCAAGUAUAACGAUAACUAAUGUUAAUACAGUAGAAGAGCGUAAAUCUGUAGUGUGACGAUGACAAAACCUUUGCUCUGGUAGCUGUUUCUCGUAGAUUAGAAAUGUAGAAUAUAGAAGUAGAGUUGCUCAGUUUUUAUUUUUAUUAGCGAAGAUAAUACUUGAACUUGUACAGAAGGAAGGCAGAUGUACGGUGUAGUUUAGGUGUCUUUUUCUGGUGUCUUUCUCCCUUCCAUCUUUCGAGGAAGAGACGAGCUGAACGCAUCCCAGAAGCCUUUGUGUUGUUCGUGCGACAAUCCACAGUAAACAGACAGACGAUCAGACGUGGCUUUGUGUUCUCGGAGAGAAAGAUCAGACUUUACUAUGACGAGACGGAGGAGGACGAGGAGGUGGAUAGCUACCGAAACUGCCAGAUGAACCGCAGAAGGAGACGCGGAUGUUUUUGAUGGACGCUCGUGAUCUAUCAGACGUGAUCUGUGCUGAAAUGAACGGAUCAUAUCGCUCACAUUCACACAAAACGCUUGAGAAUAAAUUUGUUUUCUCGUAUAAAUAUCUAAACGUUCUUGAAUCAGGAUGCAUUGACACAUGGCUUUUAUGACAUUAUUCUACAACAACAACAACAUUACAUUUAAUCCUUUUGCUUAAAACAAGGACAAAUAUCUGCAAAUGUGGUUAGAAAAAUAACGAGAUUAUUUUUUCUUGCCCCAUUUGAAGAUAUUUUUACUUGUUUUAAGCAAAAACGAACUAAAAAAAAAUAAGAUUUAUCAUAAGUAAUUUUACUUGUCAAGUAAAUGCAUCGUGAUUCAAAGAGUUCUUAUUAUUUUUGUAUCGUCUUCUAGUAUAAAUAUCUAAGAAAAUUAUUUUUUGAAGUGUAACACUUUACUUGAAGCCUUUAUGUGUGAUGCAUUAAUUUUAAAGAUACAUUUGUUAAAAAAUGAUUUCCUUCCUUAGGAUUUUUAUCUUGGUUUAUAGUAUAAAUAUCUUCAGAUU